AUGUCUUUGAACGGAAGUUUGUCGGCAUUUGUGGUUCGCAAGCCGACGUGUUUUGCUGCCGUUGGGAAACAAACAGUCAUGAAAUUGCGGCAAUUUCCCACUCACAUCUUUCUCCUCCAUCCACUACCACAACCACAAAAGAAGAUUACUGUAAGCACCAUGGCACCACAAGGCAACUUUUCUCCAUAUGGCAGUGAGGCUCCUCCACCUCCACCACCACCUCUUCCUAUCAGCAGUACUUUCAAGAAUAGUCUCAAACAAGAUCCCAUCUUUCAAGAAGAUUAUCAAGAUUUGCAACGCCAACCCAAUAAUUAUUCGCGAUUGGUUUCCUUUGUCUUGGGAAUGUUGACCCUUGUGGCAGCUGCCUUGGGUGCCUAUUUCUUUUUGCAAGAGGACGACAUUGAUUUGACAAGAGGCAAAUCGCAGCAUGACAAUUUUCAAGGCAUGGUAAGUAUGGCCACCAUUCAAUCCCACGCUUCGGCAGACGAUUGUUGGAUGACGAUUCACGGCAAUGUCUAUGACAUGACACAAUAUGCCCCCAUUCAUCCAGGAUUGCCAACGUUGAUUACCCGUCAUUGUGGAACGGACGCCACGACUGCCUAUGACUUUGAGCAUUCCAUUGUCAUGUUGCCAAUUGUGGACGAAUAUCUAUUGGGAAGUUUGCAAGAAAUUGAAGCGACCGACUUUCCCACGAUGGCUCCCACGAAGACACCCGGAUCCCCUACAAGAGCUCCAUCUCCUCCCACUCUGCGGCCUACCAUGGCUCCUACCGAACGUGGUGCCACCCGAUCUCCCACCAGUCGACCCACCACGGCUCCACCGACGCAAAGACCGACCACGGCUCCGCCCACGGAACUUUGGGGUUGCCCCAUGGAAUUUUAUACUGUGCAGGACGUCGCCCAACACCCGGAUGCAAAUUCUUGUUGGUAUGCCUUGUAUGGAGUCAUUUAUGAUUUGACUGGUUACAUUGAUGAUCACAAGGGUGGACGAGGGACCAUCUUGGCAGAUUGUGGAAAGGACGCCACGGUACAAUUUGUGGCCGAAAAGAAGCAUGAUGUGAGUUUGUUGAUUAAAAAGGGCUUUAGUUCCAUGAUCAUUGGUCGAUUGGGAACGACCAGAGAAUCGGGACGAGUUGCCUGUGACGAAGUAGAUUUGGUGGCAGUGACCAACUUGUAA